GUCUGAUAGUCAGCUGUUUGUUUACCUUUUAAUUAACAAAACAUAUAUUAAAUGCGCUGCGCUGUAAGAAAUUGCGGAAACAACAAUCGCAAUUGCAAUAGAACGAAAUGGCGAUACUUUCACUUUCCCAAAGAGGAGCCAAACCUGCAAAGGUGGAUUGAUUUUUGCCAGCGCGAUAAUAUCAACCCCGCCACAGCCUGCAUUUGCAAUGAGCACUUUGCACCCGAUGCCUUUGAGCGAAAUAUGCAGUACGAACUGGGCUUCAGCCGCAAAAAUCCAACCAAACUGAAGCCCGGCUCCUUUCCGAGUGUAAAUAGACCCCAAAAGUUGGCGAAGGAGCUGCGUGGAAGGAUCAAAAAGGGCUCCACAAAGGGCUCCUUAGCUGGUUCCACGAGAAUGAACAAGAUGGAGUCUAAAUCACUCCUGGAAGAAACGCAAUCGUCGGACGGCCACGAAACCAUAGAAAUCCAACUCUGUGAUUUUACUGGCGAUUUUGGGGGCUUCGAAGAAGGUUCCUCCAGAUUGUACGAUAAUAUCACAAAACCGAUCAGUGAAUCUGAAAGGCUAGCGAGCUCCCAAUCAUCUGAAGAUGCCGACUGUCCGUCAAAUCACAGGCACUGGGAAGUAGAAAUUUUGGAUCCCCUCAACCCGCCGUCAAAUGCCAGGGAUCAUGUGGAGAUCAUCGAUUCGGAAGGGGACAACUAUGUGAAGCACUUGGAGCUCGAAGUAUGCUCCCUGAAACGUGAGAUAUUUUUCCUCAAAGACGAGCGCCAAAAGCUAAAGGAUGAAAUUCGUGAUCUCAAGGACACAAUUCAAAAAUCAGAAGUCCAAGAAAUCGCCGAAAAACAACUGCAAAUUUUUGUCGAAAGCAACAAGAGGUCUCCGCAGGUUUAGAAAAGUCUUUUUAGAUAUCUGCAACGAAAACAUAAUAUUCAACGACUGACUAGCUUGUAAAAUCUGAUUGAAAACAUCAAACGUAAUUAAAUGUAGAUGUAGUGCGUAAUAAUAAAAUAUUACAUGUGCUUAAUCCAUUCUGAAUCUGAAUUCAACAUAAAUAAACAAAUUACCAGGUGUACAAGUAUGAAAUGUCGUUUUUUUUAAAUUAAAAAACACGUUAAAUUUUGUGGAAAAAGAAAAAAUCAUUUAUUCAAAGUAUUUGCCGUCGCUAGCUACACAUUUUUCCCAUCUCUCGGGCAAUUUGUGGAUUCCACGCCAGUAGAACUCAUCGUCUUUUGCGGCGAACCAUCCAUCGAGCCAUUUUUUCACACUUUCGUAAGAAUCGAAGCGCUGCUCAGCAAGUGCGUGUCCCAUCCAAUCGAGUAGGUGGUAAUCGGAUGGGGCCAGGUCUGGUGAGUAAGCCGCAUGCGGAAGCACUUCCCAAUUGAGUGUUUCCAACGUGUCGCGAACCGCUCUUGCCGUAUGUGAUGGAGCGUUGUCAUGGAGAAAAAUGACCUUGUGUUGUCUUUUUUGAUAUUCCGGUCGUUUUCUCUGAAGCGCACGGUUCAAAUUGAUCAAUUGUUGUUGGUAGCGUGCCGUAUUCACCGUUGCGCCGGGUUUCAAGAGCUCAUAGUAGAUGACACCGCUCUGAUCCCACCAAACACAGAGCAUCGUCUUCUUGCCAAAGCGAUUCGGUCGAGCAGUCGAUGUGGCCGGUUGUCCAGGAUCAACGUAUGAUUUUUUACGUUUAGGAUUAACAAAAAAGAUCCAUUUUUCAUCGCCAGUAACGAUACGAUGCAAAAACGACUUCCUUUUGUAUCGUGAAAGCAAAAUUUCGCAUGUGUUUUUGCGCCUCUCCAUCUGCCUCUCGUUCAACUCAUGUGGCACCCAUCUACCGACCUUCUGAAUCUUUCCCAUCUCUCGCAAGCGAUUGGAAACUGCUUGUUGACUUACUUCCAACUGCUCUGCGAGUUGUUUUUGCGUUUGAGCAUCGUCUUCAUCCAAUAAUGCUUGCAGUUCGGCGUCUUCGUACCUUUUUGGUGGUUUUCCGUGCUCUUUGUCGUCGACGUCAAAAUCACCACUUUUGAAGCGUUGAAACCACCGUUCACACGUUUUCACAGUUGGUACUUGUUCGCCAAAGGCUUCAACAAGCAUUCGGUGCGAUUCCGCUGCUGUUUUCUUCAAAUGAAAACAGAAAAUUAACACUGUCCGCGUUUGCUCUUUAUUCGGCACGAAACUCCACAUGUUGACUGCACUGAGAGUAAACGAUAAUGACGCUCGAUUGGCGCAAAACUAUGGUGGUUCGACAGUCAAGGUUGACACUUCACAAGGUCAAAGUUUUAAGACAAUCGAUAAAUAUUUACGUUUGGGAGACAUCUAUAUGUUCGAACCGACAUUCCAUACUUGUACACCUGGUAAAUACAAAUUUGAUAAAUAAGUUUAAUAUUUUAAUUGCCAAAGGCUUUUAUACAUUUGUUUUAAAUAUUUUUGUAUUUAACAGGACAAAUUUUGAAUGUUGUAAACAUUUCUAGUUGCUCAUUUACUUUACAAAUGGAAUGCAUACGUCGCGACUUGGGUGAAAUCCUUGAAAUUUGGUUGUCUACCUACUUACCCACUUAUCCACACCUUUUCCCUGCUUUCUAUCGACUUGAGCACUUUCCACAAAAUCAGCGGGCACUCAAAAAUGUUUUGAAGGUGUUCGCGUUUAUCUUUCCUGGAAAUUUUUGGGUAAUCGCGGUGUGGUAAUAUUUGCCAAGGUCAAAGUCAUUACGGCAGGCAAAGGACUCUUAUCCAGCAAAAUUCGGAAUUUCGCCUACCUGCAGGAGUAUAUAACGCAGUGGUCAACUGGGAAUCGACCUGCACUGCAAGCCAUGUUCUCCGACCGACAACAUCCAUCGCGGACCGACGUCGGCUCCUGGUGGAGCACCACGCAUCCGGCGCUGGAUUGUUGAUGCAUCAAAGGACGAGAACGACGUCGAACACCACACAUCCUGGGAGCAGCUCUAAGGAUCCAAUCUUGAAGACAUUGCAGUGUCAGCAAAUUAGCCGAAUUUAGACAAUUGUAAAUUCUAGUUAAUUCUAUAGCCAAAUUGUACAUUUUAGUUAAUGUCCCAUUUCGAUUGUAUAUACACAUCAUCAACACAAUUGUAUAUAACUAGUUAGCCAAUUUAGUCUAAGUAGUAAAUUGUACAUAGCAACCCUAGCCAAUUUUUAGCCAAUCCAAUAGACCAAUUGUAUAUACAAACAAAAUGUAGAUAAUUUAACAAGUUUAGUCAAAUUUUUAGUUCAAUUAUAUAGAAUUUAGCAAAUUUGCAAA